CUCUCUCGCUCUCCGUCUAUAUACACAUCAUGUAUAUAUAUAUAUAUAUGCUUUGAUUUUUUGUUUAUUUUUCUGGUUGUUGAUGUGGAGGUGAUCGCGAUUUUUCAAACUCAGGUCUCGCGAUGGCUUCAAACCGGAUCUUCAAAGAACUCAAGCAUCUCCAGAUCUUCAAACAACUCAGUCCAUAGGUUGCUUUUAAUAGAGAAAUUGGCACCCCAAGUGUCACUCUCGAGGGUGAUAUAUUUCAGCCAAGUGGCCUUUUGACUGGUGGAAGUCACAAGAUGGGAGGUGCGCGGAAACAGAUGACAUUCUUCCAGAUGGAUUUAAACUGAAAAAGGAAGAUGGUGUUUUACUACAUGUCCUAUGCCAUGGGCAGAGGAUGCCUUACAUUUGGGGAGAUGAUGCAGAAGAUGACCUGAAAGAUGGCUCAACAAUGGUGUUUUCCAACCUAAAUCACCGUUCAAAUUCAUCGCAUUUCAUGUACGUUUACAGUUUACUUUUUUUUUUUGUUUACAGAAAAGAUUAUACGUGCUUAUAUUUAUUUCUGGCAAAAACAAAAAUGAAAACAUGGAGAUGGAACGCGUGAUCGAGUUUCCACAUGCACGUGGAUCGUUGUCCCAGAAAGAGACCACGUUUGGGUUGGGACAUUGCUCCUCAGGCCCUCAAGAAAGAAAUUGCGCAGCUUACAUGUGAAUGUGAACGGCACAUUGGGACACAAUCUGGUGGCAUGGACCAGGCUAUCUCUGUCAUGGCUCAAUCUGGGUUUGCGGAGCUGAUUGAUUUCAAUCCCAUUCGUGCAACUGAUGUGCAACUUCCUGCUGGUGGUUCUUUUGUAAUAGCACAUUCAUUGGCCGAAUCCCAGAAAGCAGUCACUGCUGCUACAAAUUACAAUAAUCGGGUUGUUGAAUGCCGUUUAGCUGCUAUUGUUCUCGGUAUAAAGCUUGGAAUGAAACCUCAAGAGGCAAUAUCCAAAGUGAAAACUCUUUCUGAUGUUGAAGGGUUGUGUGUAUCAUUUGCUAGCAGUCGUGGAUCUUCUGAUCCAGUUGUUGCUGUGAAGGAACUUUUGAGUGAAGAACCUUAUAGAGCUGAAAAUAUUGAGAAAAUCACUGAGGAAAACCUGCAAUCAAUCUUUGCCGAUUCUCCAACUUCUUUGGAUGUGCUAAAAGUGGCCAGACUAUAUAAGUUAUUCCAGGUUUUUUUGAACAAAGGCAUGCAUAAGAGUGGUCAUAUUGGAUUUGAAUAGAUUCAUCCUAUUUCUCAAUACUAUAUUAUUCAACUCAAGGUCUAGAAUUAUCCACACACUCUCAAAAACUCUCUGCCGCUGUGGUACAUACACGGUCUCUCACCAUAUACAUGCAGAGUGUUUUCUUUGAUUGAAAGAUCAUGGAGUUAAGUAUAGACUCUUGUCACUUGUUGGAAGCGUUCUAAAGUAUGAAUACAUAUUUAUAGUGGCUAAGUUUUUGAAUCCAUAGGUUUUCUUUUAUUUGUUAUGAGUUUUGAUGCAAGUGAGUUAUAUAAUUUUUUGUAUUAUGUGUGAUGUUUGAACAAAUCGGUGAAUAGUUAAAUUUUGAAUAGAUAUGGAUACUUUUGGAUAAAUAAUAUAUUUUUAGUAAAAUAAAAAUAAAAAUUAAACUAAUGUAUUGACACAAUAAAAUAUAUAAUUGUUGUUUCUUCUCUUAUUUUAUCAAUUGUGUUUUGUGGGAUGCUCGUAAACGUUGUUUGUUAAUAAAUAUUUUUAGACAAAUUACGAAAGUAGUUCUUGUAUUUUAGUUUUUAUGUCAUUUUAAUUUCUAUAAUUUCUGUUGACUCAAUUUCAAUCAUGAAUUUGUGAUUUUGUUUUAAUUUGGUCUAAUUAAUUACAACUCUUAACAUUUUUGUUAUGAAAAAUAUACAUACAAGUGGCAUGUAUCAUAUUUUUUAAAAGCAAAAUUAUAAAAUUACUUAACUCAGUGAGUUAACUUAAAUCAAUUUAUUGAUUAUUUUUCGUCAACAACACUAAUAACAUUAUUAAUUGGAUUAAAUUGACACAAAAUUUAAAAUUAACGGUAAAAAUUGAGUCAAUUGAAAGUGUAAAAAUCAAAAUGAUACAAGAGAUAAAAUGUAAGACUACUGUUAUAAUUUACCCAAUAUUUUUAGUUGAAUUUAUGACGUGUUUGGUGUAAAAAAAAGUACAAGAAAAUAAUUAAAAAAAAAGUCAUAACUUUAACAGCUGAGUAGUUAAAAAAAAAACAACUGACCCGACACCCGAGUUAUAAAUAAUUAAAAAAAACAGCUGAGUAGUCAAAUUAUCACAUACUUUUAUUUAAGAAAAAAUAAAUAUAUAAUCUAAAUUCAUUCAGUGUUGGUCUAACAUAGAUAAGUUAAUUUUGAAAAAUGCUAAUCUUUAUGAGUAAGAUUCGUGACAUAAAUUUUACGGCGAAAUAUUAAUAAAUCUCUAAUAAUUAUCCAUUAGACUUAGUUUAGUUAGUCACCAUACUUUCCUCAGAGCAUCACAAUGGGUGUGUCAGUGGGUGUGCUAGUGUGCCAAAUUUUGGCCAGCUAAAAACACUGUUUUGUGCUGCAAUGAAGUUGCUAACUUGUGUAUUAGUGUCAGCCAUUAGCAUUGUAUAUUAACUUGUGUGUUAACUGUGAUUAGCAUUUUAGCCAACGAGAGAAAGAGGGCAUUGGGUUUCCUGCAAACCCAAAAAAUAUAGUAUUAUUUUUCAAUUACAACAACAUAGACAAUAGCAUUAAAAAAACAAAAAUGCAAAAAAAAAAAAAAAAGACAUUAAACAUUAAUGUUAAAAAAACAAAGCCCAACAAGUUAAAAAAAAAAAAAAAAAAAAA